AUGGUAGUACCAACUAUAAAACUAUCGUCCGGCUACGAAAUGCCUAUGGUAGGUCUGGGAACGUGGCAGAGCAAGCCAGGAGAGGUUGGCAAAGCUGUGGAAACGGCUUUGAAUGUUGGUUAUACUCUCAUCGACUGUGCUUGGAUCUAUGGUAACCAGAAAGAGAUUGGUGAAACUCUAAAGCGCCUCUGCUCGUCAGGAAAUAAUAGAGCAGAUAUUUUCAUCACUUCAAAAGUGUGGAACACAUUUCAUUCGGAAGCCGCUUGUAAGAAACAUGUACUCGAUAUUUUGUGUCAGUUGGGACUAGAUUAUAUAGAUCUUAUGCUGAUCCACUGGCCAAUGGGCUAUGCAGAAGGUGGAGAACCAUAUCCAACGAUAGAAGGCACUGACCAAAGUGCACAUUCUAACGAAGAUUACCUAACCACAUGGAAAGUCUUGGAAGAUUUUGUUAAGAAGGGCAAGAUUUGCUCAAUAGGCGUAUCUAAUUUCAACCAUAAACAAAUUGAGCGAGUCAUAGCAAACUCGACGAUAAAACCAGCUGUUCUUCAGGUAGAAUUGCAUCCAUACUUCCAACAAAAGAAAUUACGUGCUUUUUGUAAGGAACAUGGUAUAGCAGUAACCGCUUACAGCUCACUUGGUAAUCCCGGAUCAGCUUUCUUUCGCAAAGAUGGAGAUCCAAAUGUGCUGACUGAUCCCGUAGUCAAGAAAAUUGCCGACGCGCAUGGCAAAACACCCGCACAAGUUGCACUCCGAUGGGCAACGCAACUGGAUAUCAUUGUCAUCCCGAAGUCUGUCUCAGAAUCCCGUAUCAAGGAAAAUAUAGACCUUUUCGACUUCAAACUCUCAGAGGAAGAAAUGAAUGAGAUGGAAGGUCUUGACCGCGGUUGGCGAAUUCUUGAUCUCAGCGCAAUUCAUCGCGAACAUCCUCAUAAUCCUUAUAACGAAGAGUAUUAG